GCGGAGAGAAAGAAUUUUGAGGUAAUUCUCCAUCUUCAUUAUUCCAUCCAUUUGUGCAAUGCACCAAAACAACUAGCAACGACAUGCUCUCAGCAUGACGCUACCACCACUUGACAUUUGGUAUAGUGCUCCUGUCUGAAAACCUCUAAAGUUACUCCUUCAAGCACACCCGUUUUUGUCUCUGCUUGGUGUUGCUCUCAUUCUGUUAUGGUUAAACUUUUCUCAGAGUGAGGAAGAGAGCUUGGGUUUGAUAGGUUUAUUGUGCCAGGAAACAAACAUAUUUAAGUAAUAUGCUAUUUUGAUAUUAAGACUAGUCAAACACACUGUGCAAAAAGCUUUUCUACUUUGGUGCAAUGCAUUAACUUGCAUUUAUUUUUGCGGAGGUGUUAAUAAACCGGGAUAGCUCAUUAAGCAAAAUGCCCGAUUAUUAUUAAAGCUAUAGCAGCCAAGUUGUAAUUAUUCAUUUAAUACAGUUUCCUUUGGUAACACAAAGUGAGUACAUUUAAACUAACACAGCAGCUUACACUGAGUCUUUAAGUGUGCUUUGAACUCUGCAUUGCAUAUUACAAAAUCUUCUUCAACUUUCUCCUCCCAAAUAAUAAAAGUUUAAUCUCAUUUGUCUCACUUUUACUAGAAUAGAAAUGCUCAGUCAGUGUACACUGUGGAUCCAAGUCCAACCCUAGCCUCGCUCAAGUUAAAACAACAAAAUGGAUAAUGUAGGAGGCUCAUGCAAACAAUCCCACCCCCUGGCUUUCACAGAUCUUUUAGUGAGCUGCAGAUAUUUUAUUGGUGACUUUAAAAACAUCUCGGCAGAGCUGUCAUAAACAUGUCAGUUGAGAACUUGAUUACAUUUGGCUUUUGAAAAAUAUGUGUUGUUCUAGACUCGUUCACAUGGAGGAAAACGAAAACGGAAUCAAAGAGAGGUGCCCUGCACCACUUUUUCUAACCACAAUUUUUUUUUUGUUUUUGCUGUUUUUCAGUGUAAUUUCUGAACUUCUAUAUUCUCUUCAUAAGGAAGUUGCAGAGACUUUGUUUAUGCUUCAAGGAUCCAGGAUCAAAGUCCCCAACAGCCACAUCCUGUAAUUGUCUUUGCACUAUGGGUGGACAGAGGGGAAUAGUCGUGUCUGCAGUGGAGCAGAGGGCACAAGGCGCCUGGUCAUCAAAUCAUCGCCCGUGAGUGAAGCCGACACAGCGGACGAUGUGUGCUGCGUUUCUGGAGGAGUACUGCGGGUCAGUCUUUUGGAAUGCAUCCUAUUUGGAGAGAGAGGACCCUGACCUCCCAGUAUGUCUGGAACAGACAGUUCUGGUCUGGAUCCCUCUGGGCUUCCUCUGGCUAUGCGCUCCAUGGAACCUCAUGUCUUUAUGUAAAAGAUUACAAGUAAAUCCAAAACGUUGGACUAAGCUCUACCUCUGCAAACAGCUUGUCGUGUUUCUGCUGUUUCUGACGGCCAUUGGAGGCCUGAUUGUCACAUUAGUAGAAGAUUUUGGUCCAAACAGCUCAGCAGAGAAAAAUUCUCCUGUACACUACACGAACCCAGUCCUCUUUGCUGUCACAUGGAUCCUCCUGGCGUUGUGUCAAGAAGGAGUGAGACGAAAAGAACGAGCAGUAGACUCUGCUUCUCUUUUCCUUUUCUGGCUUCUCCUUGUCAUCUGUGACAUUUUCCCUUUCCAGACCCUCCUACGGGAAGCUCUCAGGCUGGGAGAGGUCAGAGAUGUCCCUCGUUUCUCUCUUUUCUACAUUUCCUUUGGUCUGGAGGUGAUAGCACUCAUUCUCUCCGCUUUGGCUGACAUCUCUCCAGAAACAAAGGAGCUUGUGAAAAAGAAUCCAGGGACUGGUGCAACAUUCUUGAGCAGAGUCACUUUUAACUGGUUCAAUGGCAUGAUGGUGAAAGGCUACAAAACCCCUCUGGUUCAGGAGGACAUGUGGGAGCUGAACGAGGUGGACAGCGCCUCUUACAUCAGCCAGCGUUUCAAUCAUCACAUGCAGUUUGAGUUGGGUAAAGCUUGGAUCCGAUUUCAAAAAGAGUUGAAGGAUAAACUGAUCAAAAAUCGAGGCAAAUCUUUGGAAGCACCUUCUCACAGCAACGGUCUGGGGAAAGGUGUGAGUCAGGACGUGCUGAUGAUGGAGGAAAAAGGAAAGAAAGAAGAUGAAAAUAAGAAGAAGAAAAAGAAGGAGGACACAAAUUAUCCAAAUUCAUGGCUGAUUACCACCAUCUACAAGUCAUUUAAAUGGCUCCUGAUUGAAUCUGCCUUCUUCAAACUUCUGCAGGAUCUUCUGGCUUUUGUCAGUCCUCAACUCCUGAAGUUGAUGAUCUCCUUCACUCAGGACAAAUCCAGCUAUGCCUGGAAAGGGUAUUUUUAUGCUGUGCUGCUGCUGGUGGCGGCUCUUCUACAAUCUUUGGUCUUGCAGCAGUAUGUGCGGCGAUGCUUCGUUCUGGGGACGAAGGUUCGAGCUGCCCUCAUGGCUGCCGUGUACAAGAAGGCGUUGGUGAUGUCUAAUGACAACCGCAAAGAGUCAACAGUCGGAGAAACUGUAAACCUCAUGUCAGCAGACGCCCAGCGCUUCAACGACGUGACCAACUUCAUCCACCUGCUGUGGUCCUGCCCUCUGCAGAUCAUUGUGUCCAUCGUUUUCCUGUGGUUGGAGUUGGGACCUUCAACACUAGCUGGGCUGGCAGUAAUGGUGCUAAUGGUGCCGGUCAACGGACUGUUAGCCAACCAGGCCAAAAAAAUUCAGAGAGAAAACAUGAAGUCUAAAGACAAGAGACUAAAAAUAAUGAAUGAAAUACUGAACGGAAUCAAGACUCUGAAGCUGUUUGCGUGGGAGCCGUCCUUCCAGACUCAAGUUGAAGAUAUCAGAGGAGAAGAGCUGAAGGUGAUGAGGAAGUUUGCCUAUCUCACAUCUUUCUCCACCUUUAUCUCCAACUGUGCCCCCACUCUAGUCUCUUUGGCCACGUUUGCUGUGUUUGUUGGUGUGAGCUCAGACAACAUAUUAACUGCUGAGAAAGCCUUCACUUCGAUCUCUCUGUUCAACAUUCUACGACAGCCACUAAGCAUGCUUCCUACGCUCAUAGCUUCCAUUGUGCAGACAGCGGUGUCUAAGAAGAGACUGGAGAAGUUUCUGGGAGGAGAUGAUCUUGAGAGCGACAUUGUGCGUCACGACUCUAGUUUUGACUCUGCUGUCAGCAUAUGUGAUGGUUCUUUCGCAUGGGAAAAAGACUCUGAACCUCUACUUAAAAGUGUGUCGCUAGGCAUUAAGCCUGGCGGGCUGGUAGCUGUAGUAGGAGCUGUGGGCUCAGGGAAGUCCUCUCUCUUGUCGGCACUCCUGGGAGAAAUGCACAGGACCAAAGGCUUCAUUAACAUUCAAGGCUCUCUUGCAUUUGUACCACAGCAAGCCUGGAUCCAAAAUGCCACUCUGCGGGAUAACAUCUUGUUCGGCUCUCCCUACGAAGAGCAGAGGUUUGAAGACAUACUGGAGGCGUGUGCUCUGGGCCCCGACCUCAAGCUGCUGUCUGCAGGAGAUCUCACUGAGAUCGGAGAAAAGGGUAUCAAUCUCUCAGGAGGUCAGAAGCAGCGCGUCAGCUUGGCCAGAGCAGCUUACAGUCAGGCUGAUAUUUUUCUACUAGAUGACCCCCUGUCUGCUGUGGACUCUCAUGUAGGAAAGCAUCUAUUUGAUAAAGUUAUUGGACCCAAUGGACUUCUGAAAGACAAGACUCGUAUCCUGGUGACUCAUGGAGUUAGUUUCCUGCCUUGUGUAGACGAAGUUGUAGUUUUGGUGAAUGGACGGGUUUCUGAGGUGGGAUCCUACCAGAGCCUCCGCGAUAGUAAAGGAGCUUUCUCAGAAUUUUUAGACACCUACGGCUCAGAGCAAAGUAAUCAGACAAGUUCAGAAGAUGGAUGUCAUGAUAAAGAAGACUUCAUCUCUGACUCAGAGGACGACCAGACGGACGUUUCUUUGGCGGACGAUGUUUUCCGACGGAGCCAGAGAGGAAGCAGAAGCAGAUCCAGAUUAAGAAAAAACAGCAAUUUAAAAUCCCUUGAAAACACAAAGAAAGGUCAGAGGCUAAUUGAGAAGGAGACUAUGGAAACAGGACAGGUUAAAUUCUCAGUCUGGCUCCAGUACGUGCAGGCCAUGGGCUGGGGAUAUGCCUUUUGGGCCCUCUUCAUUUACGUCAUGCAGAAUGUUGCCUUUAUUGGUCAAAACCUGUGGCUGAGUGACUGGACCAAUGAUGCAGUGGAGUAUUACAACCAGACAUACUCUCCCAAGAAGAGAGACACCAGGGUGGGGGUAUUUGGUGCUCUUGGAAUGGCUCAGGGUCUGUUUGUCUUCCUUGGCACGCUGCUCCUGACCAAUGCUGCAGUCAACGCGUCUCGUGUUCUGCAUUCAAGACUGCUUAACAAUGUCCUUCGAGUCCCCAUGGUUUUCUUUGACACUACGCCUCUUGGGAGAAUCCUCAACCGCUUCGCAAAGGACAUAUUCACAAUAGAUGAAACCAUUCCUCAUUUGUUCAGCUCCUGGAUCAUUCAUCUGCUGGGCAUACUGGGGACAAUAGUUUUCCUCUGUCUUUCCACUCCUCUCUUCAUCAUUGUCAUCAUUCCUCUGGCUGUGAUUUACUUCUUUGUACAACGAUUCUACAUACCAACUUCACGACAGCUGCGCCGCCUGGAGUCGGUCGCUCGCUCUCCUAUAUAUUCCCACUUUGGCGAGACCAUGUCAGGUCUGUCCGUGAUAAGAGCCUACAACCAUCAGGAGCGAUUUAUGAAACACAAUGAAGUAACCAUCGACGAAAACUUGAAAACUAUCUAUUCAAGGAUCAUGUCAAACAGAUGGCUGGCCGUCCGCCUGCAGUUUCUCGGAAACCUUGUGGUGUUUUUUGCUGCUAUAUUUGCUGUCAUUUCUAGAAACUCCAUUGACAGCGGCCUCGUUGGCCUCUCUAUAUCAUAUGCCCUCAAUGUAACUCUAACCCUCAGCUUUGUGGUGAACAUAACCUCACAGCUGGAGACUAAUAUUGUAGCCGUAGAAAGAGUGAGUGAAUACGCUGAGCUUGAGAAUGAGGCUCCCUGGGUGACUCAGGAUCGACCUUCAGAGAUGUGGCCUGAGGCAGGAAACCUGCAGUUUGUAGACUACAAGGUCCGCUACAGACCUGAACUGGACCUGGUCCUGAAAGGAAUUUCCUGUGACAUCAGUGGCACUGAGAAAAUUGGUAUAGUGGGCCGCACUGGAGCUGGGAAAUCAAGCCUGGCAAACUGUCUGUUUCGCAUAAUUGAAGCAGCUGAUGGACGUAUCCUAAUUGAUAAUGUAGAUAUCUCUAAAAUUGGACUGCACGAUCUAAGAAACAGACUCACAAUCAUCCCACAGGAUCCAGUCUUGUUCUCUGGGACGCUGAGGAUGAACUUGGAUCCAUUUGACAAAUUCAGCGAUGAGGAGCUGUGGAGAGUGCUUGAGCUGUCUCAUCUGAAGAAUUAUGUAGCUGGACUGAAGGAAGAAUUACAGCAUGAAGUUGCAGAGGGAGGAGAAAACCUCAGUGUCGGUCAGAGGCAGCUGCUGUGUCUGGCUCGGGCUCUGCUGAGAAAGUCUCGAAUCCUGAUCCUGGAUGAGGCCACUGCAGCCGUUGACCUGGAGACAGACGACCUGAUUCAGACUACGAUCCGCAAAGAGUUCUCCCACUGCACGGUGCUCACCAUCGCCCACCGUCUGCACAGCAUCAUGGACAGCUCCAGGGUGAUGGUCCUUGAUGCUGGUAAAAUUGUGGAAUUUGAUUCUCCAAGCAAUCUGAUGGAAAAGCGAGGUCAUUUCUACUCCAUGGCAAAGGAUGCUGGGAUAACACAUGAGAGAGAAACAAUGCUCUAAAAAGCACUUUUAUUGUUUCUUUUUGAAAGAUUACCUAAUUUCCUGUUGUUUUUCUUGCUGCUUUUCAAGACCUUUUUAAUGUAUAUUAAUAGAACACAAAUUAAACUAUAUGUGUAUAAGUUUUGAAUAACGCCUUACUGUUACUGUUUAUGUAAACAUGCUUCAUAUACCAAAGUGGCAUUUUCAUCUUUUGAAACUUGAUCUUGUUAGUUUUCUGCAUGAGCAUCAUCUCAACAGAAGAGAAUAAGAGAGCCUGACUUUGGUACAACGCAGCUGUUCUAUCACUUAUUUUAGAAUCUGCUUGACAGCAAAAAAAAAAAAAUUAUUAUUAUUUUCUACUGUAAACAAAUUCAGGCAGUAAAAGAGGAAAAUAACUGUCAAAUAAUAAAAAUCAGCCACACGAAAAAAAGACAAUCAUUCUUAAAAGCACACACAUUUUAGGUUUAAUUAAUGAAAAGAGUGGAGAUUUGGUAAACAUUUUGUCGGUGGCACUACAUACAUUCAGCAUAAUGACGUUUUUCAGUCGAACUCCCCCAAAUCAGUCCUGCAACAUGAAAAACAGACAGAACCUGACCAGGGAUAUUUCUUUAGCUUUUGCACCAUUUUAAUACAACUGAGACGGUGUGUUGUUCACAAUAACAUUUAUGUAUAUAGUUAAUAGGACGGGGAAAAAAAAAUCUGUUUCUGUUCAUUUGUCCAAAUUAUGGAAUUACAUUAUAAUAUAGCAAAACACCACUAAGAUGUCUAUGAUGAGGUCUAUCGGCACCAGUCCAGUACAGAUCAGUGCAAAGGAAUGAGAAGAGCCACGAAGAGAAAGUCACAUUUAACUAAAAAAAUGCGCCUUUAUGAGGCACUUGGCCUAAAUAUUACAGUGACUGCUCAUCAGUAUGGUUCAACAGAUUUUUUUCUGUAAUGUUAUUGUACACCACUGGCAUCACAUUAACAGCAUCAAAAACAAAGUUAGCAUGGGUAGCAAUAUGAACUGGAACCUGUAAGAUGUGACUGUACUGCAGCCUUUUACACCAUAAUGAGGCAUUUGGAGAAACGCAGUCCCACACAGAGCACUCUGUCGGGCCGCCACUCUCUAAAUGCAAUUUCCUGUAUCUUACAUUGGAAACUAAAUAACAGCUAAAAGUUACCACUUUAUGAAUAAGCAUUGCUCAUAUUUAUCUAUACACAUUUAUACAUUCAGGUUUGACGACUGCUCACGAAAACUGCCAUCUUUUCUUUUAUUUUUUUUUUCUUCUCUUUCUUUUCUGUGAGGAUAACCAGUCCGAAACUGACAGACAGUAAACGUGUCCAGGCCUUUUCUUGUUAUCUGUCAGUAGUUGGCAUGUAAUGCUUCUCACAGUCGCCCCUAAAAAAAGAAAUAUAAGGAUGAUCCACCUUAACAUGAUCAGUGUCCACAGGGGCAACUUCAUCCUGUUUUCUUGAGGCUUGACAGCAGCUUAUGAUCGGUUGAGCCCAUCUUAGCUAAAGAACAAACAAGAUACACCUUCGUUCUAUGGCAAACAUCUCUCAGAAUAAAAUGGUAAAAAUGAUGCCCAUCGCAUAGAAACAUGAAACAGAUGAACGCUUUUCUGUGUGGUCAGGCAAUUAAUUUACAAAACAAAUUUGUGUGGGAUAUUUCAUUCUGAGCUCCAAGCUCACACUAAACAGUAGAAAUAUCUGAGCCUCAGGGGAGAAAAAAAAAA